AUGGAAGAUGAUGAGGAGUACGAUGAGGAAGUUGAUGACGAGGAGCCAAACCAGAGGGCUCAUGGAAGAGAACAACGGCCGUCUUCGGUUCACCAAAAUCUCACUACGAAUGCGUCUCCUAGCGCUUGCCUUGGCUCGGAAACCGCCAUGGAACCCAUUUCCAUGUAAGUCAUGUGCGUUUGACUCGUCAACAGUCGCCCGAGAAGCCAUCACAAAGUGAUUAUUAUGUUGCUCGCGUUUGCACGAUCUGGCUGUCUGUCAGUAUGUGUUGUUCAUUGUUUUAUGCGACUGAACUUAUACGCUCGUCUCUCCUUCUCUUUAGUACCCUAGAUAUGGCAGAUCGGGUUAAACGUCAACUCAGCAUGCAUCUGCAGCUCCUAGCAAGCACAUUUGUGGCCACCAUAAAUCUCUCAGAUCUGGAGGAGACUUUAUGUCGACCCAUCACUACUUUCGUUGAUCAGAUCCACGCCACUCUCCAUCGUUCAUCUCUCCUCCUCGCCAGUCUUUCAUCUAUCCGCAAUCUCCUGCCUCUUGUGAAUGAGACACGGAAGUUUGUGCACGAGUUUGCUGGUCUCAGUAUCCUACCCUGCUUUAGUAGCUCUUCGGAGGAUCGAGCCCAGCUGCUCAAUACACCCUCUAUCCCUCUGCCCUUCUUCCUGAUGGAUUAUAUCUUGCGCAGUGCCCUCUGGCCCUACCCUGACCUUUUGCCUCCUGGAUUGGCCUCACCUAAGGCUCUGGUUCCGCCACGGCAACGGGGCUUGUUUACCGCCGACGAGGAUGGCCUCAUCGUCCUUGGGAUAGCCAACUUCGCAGAAGCCUCGCCCAAACGUUUCGCCGCCCUUGUUGAGCAUUGCAACUCAGAUACCCCGAAGACGGCAGCAGGGGACAAAUCGCCACGUAUGCACUCGAGUUUCUUCCGGUUUGUCGCCACCAAUCUCCUCCCCACACGCACGCCGCGCCAACUGUAUUGUCGCAAGUGCUAUGUGGAUUUCUUCGGUCGUCUGCUCACGCAACGGAAAAGUACGGGAUUUGGCCCUGGAAAUAGCACCUUUUCCUCGCGUUCUCCGCUAGGCCUUCUUCUCCAGGACUUCCAGUCUCCCGACUUUGCGAGCGUUGAAGCAAAACUGGACCUCCUGCGUUCCUGUGUGCCGGCUUUUGCUCGCCAGACGUCUAGCUAUAGGCGCACCUACGCUCUGGGCUCCAUCUUCUCCCGGCCCGAUGUCUGGCACCGUCUACCAGCCGAGUAUCGAGCCUGCACAUCUAGUCUUGCCCGCCAAAUGACAAUGUCUUGUCUUCUCACCUCCGCACCAGUGCCGACUCGUGAUUGCCUGAACGUCCGGUUUCACGCCUCCUCUGCGAUUACGCACUUCUUCGACGAGGCAAUGUUGAGUUGGUGGCCAUCUUUGGAGGAUUUAGAAGGCACUGCACAUGCGGAUCCCCCACCUUUGUAAAUUGUGAAGUCAGAUUUUCCAUUUUUCCCCGUAUGGGGACUUAAGGGGUUUUUGUUUGGUUUCGACCACAGUCUAGUCAGAUCCCACAUCCUCCGAGUUGCCUUUCUUAAAGAGUCAAACUGAUACCUAUCAAUGAACUGCAUGUCCACUCUCUGCCGGCUGCGAGCGUGACUAUCCCAAUUUGUGGCAAUGCGUACAGUGGUAACUCGCCCUCACCGUGGCUUGUAGUCUGCGUUAGAAUCCUCUAAUGCGGGCAUUUGUCUGCAUCAUUCGUUUCGCGGAAGAAUUUCACCGACAGAAAAUAGAUAGUCAAGAUGGGCGUCAUUUAUUUUGCCCUUUUCACACCAUGAAAAUUGGUAGAAUGGUGAUCUUCGAGGCAAAUACUGCCGUGAGUACGAAAAGGUCUCAUCCACACCGAGAUCGAGCACGCUGUCUUAUGUGUUGUGAUUUCUUUUGCUCCUUCGAGUUUUUUCUGAUUGAGAUUCCCGGCCCGCUCAUCUGGUUUGAUUUGGAAUUAAGUAUACUGUCGCCAUUUACCGUCAGGUUUUACUUGCGACGUAGCGGUCUUUUACUAUUGCACAACUUCGCGAUUAAUGUUUUGCUGUGAGUGGAAGCACUUGGUCAAGAUCCUAAAUAUUUAUGCCUUUCGUUGUAAAUAGGGGUAAUUGUUGUGCCGUGCCCUGUUGAGACUUGGAUUUCUGUACUCGACCUUAGUGACUCGUGCUUAUGACAGCACUCAUAAUGACUAAGUAAGCCAACUCUCAAGGGCCGGGUUGAGAAUUAGGCAACCCAGUCUGUCAAAAGAAGAGGAGGCGUUUACCGGUGAUGGUUUAUUAGCGGUCUGACGUUUCGAGUAGUUGCUUCGUCUGCCCAUCUCCAGAGACUGGGCAGUCACGCGCACAACUCUCCUUAUACGGCGCAUUUUGUUUGAUGGGUGGCCCCACCAGUGGUGCCUGUGUGGCUACAUCCGACCCGCAUGUCACCGUGACCUGAAUCGUCCGCGUUCUCGUCGGCCGCGGAGAUAGUUUACGGCCCCAGCCUGUGUCGAAUCCCCGAAUCUCUGUCAUGCAAGCUUCCUUACCACGAGCCCCGACUCGUAUUGCGGAGGCCGCCGUAAUCGACGCGUCCGUCCGGGUCUCGGUCAGUAGGCUGGAUGGCAGUUGUGCAAACUGGCCGUCGCAGAAAAAAGAAGCAACUGCGCUACGCAUGCUGGAACCUAAGAACUCUUCUUACUCCGACGACGUGCAGCCUUUCCGUGCGGGCGUCGGUGCGGCAUAAUGUGAACCCCAUUUGCAUCUUCAGGAUGCGCUUGCUUGAUCAUGAUUUGCACAUCGUCAAAGUGCUAGUUAUCAGUAAUUGCCGUCUCCUUUAUCACAGCGGUCCUACCGACAAAUUUCAUCCGUGUGGUCUCGCAAUCGUCGUGGCCGAUCAGGCCUGGACUUCACUUAUUGGCCAGAAACCAGUGUCGCUGAGGGUUGCAAUUGUCUGCCUCUAUAGGGGUUUUUCCACGCUACAGGGGUUGAGGUGUUUUCUUCAACGAUGGCUGCCGAUGACAUUCAUAAAGAGACUUUCUGUAGCUAAUUUUCGACGGCAUCGAAGCAUAUUGUGGUUAAUUCGAAUUCGAGGACGAAGACGAGCGAAGCGUUUGGGAGACGGAUCCUUGACCCUACUCAGUGAGGAGCCGUUGCGCAAGUGCUGAGGCUGUGGCUGUGUAGCCACUGCGAUGGAUUGUACGAUCACAGCCCCAGCCGCUUUCGCCAGUUCACAAAUGCCCUUAGUAUCGCACUUUCUCAGCUUUUUUCUGAAAUAUCAGCGCGCUCGCUAUACGCAACCUGGCAGUCAUAACUGACACCCAAAUAUUUUGGAGGUGGGGUUGAUAGAUAGCACCUUGUCUUCAGUACAUUUAGUUCGCUGCCAUCAGACCUUGUAGGUGUGUCAAGAAGUUAAACGACUCAUCUUUCAUUGUUCGUUCAGAUUAACCAGCGUCUUUGUCUUGUUUUCCUCAUUUCGAGCCUCUUACAGAAACUUCUCUUGCGCUCUCAAUUCGACAUCGUCAACGAAGAGAUUACUUCCUUAUUUGAUCGUCCAUGUUGACCACACACAUCAAUCACAAGAGCAUCGAACCAUGCGGGAUUCCGUGACUAAAGCUUACCUUAUUUUGUCACAUUGAAGGUAAACGAGCUGGCUCUAUUAGGGUGUGAGGGCUAGACUCAGCGAAGCAAGUGAGGAAGCACUCUGCUUCUAAUCAUCUUCCAUAACAAGGCGUUUCAUCAAACAAUAUGAGGGACGUCAGGAAAGUCCCGUAGUGUGAAUUCUGUACGCUGCAUCCACCUAUGGAAAACGGCCAUGGGUGAAAUGGGGCAGCGUAAUUGGCUAGUAUUCAGUACUACACUUCAGCAUGUACUCAGCUCGGAUAUGUACGAGUAAGCUCGUUUCCACCAAAAGGCAACUGAAAAGGAUUCUCUCCUCCAUCCAACCAGCCACAAUUGUCAGACUAAGCGGAUGAUAACUCACUGUUUUUCGAAGUCCUUCCCAGAACUUGACAUCUGAUGGAUGUUAGCUAUUCUUUAGGAUUACGACAGCCGUGUAGCACCGAGAGGCAUUGAAAAGUCUGCAGACUGCGUCCUUACCACUGAGGUCGAGGAACUGAGGCAAGUGGGGUCGUCAUAACAGGUGUCACAGCUCCUUUGGGGUCUCUGCUUUAGAAGGCAGCAGUGGUGAUGCCCAUGCAGAUCUCCGGCUCCAGUAGCUUUUUCGGAGAGCUGCAUUGAAAUUCAGUUUGAUCCAUCAUUCGUGCUUGCCAAGUUUUAACUUGUUAUCUACCUGGUAUAGUGACAUUCUCUCCUUCCAUGAGUAGCAUUUCUCUGUCUGACCCUUUUCUCCGGCCAUUUCUCUCGUAAUUUACCACUUCCUUUAUCUCACUUUAUUCGUUUGCUCAAAAUAUCGGGUUUUAUCUGUUUCAUUAGGACUUGCCCUGGCCUUCUUGAGCUCGCCCAAAGACCAGCUCAUGUUCCGUUAUUGUCGUCUAUUCGUUUCGCGCCAGUUUCCUAAAAGCCGCAGGGGAGCUAGGGAUAUUUAUUUGCAAUUCCAGAUUAUCUGACUGGUUCCCUGAAGAAUCCACGUUAGACCUAUUCGAUUGACUUUCACCGAUCUAUUUAGAUUCCAAGAUGGUAUGCCGGUAAUUCCGUUCCUCUUUGGUGUUGAGGUUUUACAGCGCUGGCUGGCAGUCGAAUGGUGUACGGCAAUCAAUUAACGCGUGUUACCGAUUAAAACAGCGACACUAGAAAGGCCUUUACUGACUUAUUAGUCUUCAUCAGCUAGUGAUACCCCAUAUCCGAGUGCUGACACACUGUUUGAAUCCAUGUUUUGAGUGACGCCAUCGCGACUACACUCCUAUCUGGGGUCACGUCGUCCGAAGUCGUAUAUGGAAGCGAAUAUGUGAAUCCCAGGUUCUUGUUGCAAAAAAGAUGAACACACGAUCUCUGGGACAGAAGGUAUAUUUGUCUGAGCUUUCAGCCUCAUACAGGAGGCCAUCGUCAGAGACUGUGAGAAUGCGUCUUCAAAUGAGCUGUUUUUGUAGUCAAGCCAUGAAGGGGGGGAUAUGAGUGCAGAGGGUGGUAUUCGCGAUAAGCUGAGUCCCACGCCGUCUCACCCUCCGAUCAAGAAUAGUCACAAACUGCCCCUCCGUCUCAUUGUUGAAUAGCAACAUCUUGGAACUCCUCCGCUUUUCAAAAUGUUCCUACAGGUCUUUCGAGAUGUGCCGUUUCUAGCUUGAUUUCGACCACACUGGAAGGAUUAUUUGAUGACAGGACAUCCUGCGUAUGCCAACAACACUGGUCUGCCUUCCUUUUAUGUCCGAUUGCUACAUCCAAUAUUCCUACUUUCGCGAUAGUCGGAUCUUCUAUCAUAAGUGGGCUGUGGCUGAAGACUAUUCCAUCUGAAUCAAGGGCUGUUUCGCUAAGAUCCCGAUCGCGUUUUCUAGGGCAGACCCACCCAUGCCCGGGGGCCGGGGACGUUGAGUUUUGCAGUGACAAUUUCUAUUUCACCGAUUGAUAAGGGAAGAGACUCUUCACUGGGACUAGCUCGUCGGAGGCAAGCAUACAUUUAGGGGUGAAGGUACAUGUCUACGAUGACAAGGGUUUCCUACUCGGACGCGACAUAGCAGUUUGCAGCACUUCCAAACUUGAACGAAUAAUGACGUGCCUCCGGAGCAGGAUCCAGUGGUAGAUGAGGCCGCUGUCUACCAGCAUCCAGGCCUCCGUCUUGGCUGCCCUGUCGGUUUUAUAAAUAUAGGCUACUACCGCUUUCUUCCUCCAAAAAGGUUUUGAUCGCGUCCAUACUCUCUGAAAUUACUGGUCUUUCACUGAACUAGUCUGAUGUUGGGAUUUUGAACAGUCAUUAGAUCGUAGGAGACGAGACCGUUGUUUCCCUUUUUUAGUAUUCCAUUUCUUCCGGCUCCUGCAGCGUCCACACACUCCCACCGCAAGGGCCAGGUUUUUAUUGGGAGGCUUAGCAAAACGUUAUAUUUUAAGCAAUCUGCAGCCACUAACACUUUUAAUAUUCUCACCGCCUGGGCAUUUUUUCCAAUCCAACCGGGCAAAUCAACGGAAUGGACUUUCUCUCAAGACUUAGUUGAGACGGUUGGGUAUUGUCUUCAUUCUCGACAUAUGCAGACUUUUUAUGAGAUCCUGUGUUUGUCAAGCUUGACACAGGCUGUGUGUGAAGUUGUCACAGUUUGUGGUGUGCCGAUUUCGACUGGUUUAAGCGAUGGUUUUCUCGUGAAUUGUAUCUUCGUGAAAACCGCGUUAAAAUAUUCUUUGAACGUCUGCAUCCUAUCCCGUCCGAUGGAAGAUCACUCAUCACGGCCGUAGCUGCACCCCCUCGGCCCAAUACAGAAACCGUUCGACCUAUCGGUAUGCCUUUCAAAUGCUCGUACAUUGUCUUAGGAAACGUUAGAUGUGUCCUGAGACGCGUCCGCGGCGUUUGUCAUUUUGACGAGACCGAAAUCUUCUCAAGAGGUAACAACCGAGUGAGUCGCUAACUGUCUGCGUCAUGGCUCUUCGGUCCUCAGUCCGCCAACAGGCGCGGUUAUCCUCUCCCUUUCCUAUUCAGCGCCAAGACUUUGUCUGGAGCUCGCGACUGAACAAUGCUUUCAAUGCAAGUACUGGUGAGCCUUAUGGACGAGUAAUUCGCAGGUCAAUAAAUAACACCAUUGAUGAAAUGGCGAUGGCUGACCACUAGAGUGCGAACGAUCCAACCGUUAUCGCACACGUACCAGCCUUAUGUUGAAUGUGUUUCCCAAUAACUUCAAUAGGUACGAUGACGUACCAACGGCAUGCUGCGGGUCUGUCACCACUUUCCCUUAUUUUCACUGUCGAUUUUUUUGAGAGUACUUCCGGGACGUUAGGCCUGUAAAAUUGUAUCCGUGGUCGAUCCUCAUGGAUCUCGCCUUCUGUUUGCACCUUGAAUACCAUACGGCUUUUCACUGAGGUGGUUAUGGAGCAACCGGUGUUGUUGACGGUCCUGUUGAGCUUUGUGGCGUCCCUCCACGAGCCGGGUGGUAGGGGGAUAAAAUAAGGGAAUGUGCGGCGCUUUAAUUGUGACAGUGCUCCUCUGACGGAAGACGAUCAAACGAUGUCGGAUUGAGAGCGCCGUCGGCUUAGAAGAAAUGCGACGUAAGGAAAAUAUGUGGCAUUUAACUUGGAGACCUUGCGAAAUUUUGAAAAUACUGGUUAUGAUUCAUGCUAUACAGGCACCAGCAAACUGCUUUUAAACAUCAGUGCCCCAUUUUGAGCCACCCAUUUUGAAAUAGACGACAUUUCCUAUGAAAUAAAAAUAGGAAAAGAAUUUUAAUGCAUUACUUUCAAGAAAUACAGUUUGGCUCUUACAGGCAUCGAAAACCGAUUGAAAAAUGCACACACCACUAAUGAAGGUUUCACCGAGUUCAGUUUGCACAGGUGACUGAACAGAUGUUUAACCAAACGUCAUCGUGCCACUAUUUGUGAAUCAGUUUGGAAUCAGAUCCCAUGCCAACCAACUAAGUACUUUUCUAUCUGAACACUUUUUGAGGAAUGUUAGUCAGUAAGGGUAUAGUUUGCACCCGGGUAAGCCUAAUGUUUUACAAGACUGACUACUUCAUUUACUUAAGUAGGUGUUGGUCGAUUACGUAUUUCCCCGUGUACCAUUUAGGCUUGGCCUGCGUGAUUCACCGGCUUGUUCUAUUGACCUUGCAGACAACCUCCCCGAAAACCAAGCGCUGCAGGAAUGUCUAUAUAAACUCAUUAUUGCGCUCCUCCGGACGUGCUAGAUGUCAUGCGAAAGUUUUGUCCGCCUACAAAGGCGUAUCAAAGGCUGAGUAUUUUGGAAUUGCUUUAUACACAUGAAAAUUCUUAACGCUGAGAGAAUGGGCUGUUGUGUGCCAUUUCGAUCGGGCUUAUCAAUUGUUCGGCUGCCUCACGGGGUACACCCCCGCCAUGUGGCACAGUAAGGUUUCCCAUGUUUGUUUUAGACCGGUGGUGUUUAGUGGAAACCACUAAACGAUAUUGUAUCUCGUCAAUGUGGGCCCAGACAGCUCGGCCUCCUCCAUGUAAUCUCUUGGGCAGCUCCAAUACGCUCCAACUGCAUUAGUAUGUCAGCCUGCAGCUGCGCCAACAAAAUUCCUACUAUGGUUUACGGUAUAGUGUUCAUAUCCCUUAAACGGCGGUCGCGUGUGGGCCUUCCAUUCAUCCGUCCUAUUCCCACUGACUUUUGCUACCCCCUUUGUUAUUAUCGGCCUGAGGGUUUGUCACUUUAUGUUGUUCACAUGCUCGACUACACCCUUCUUUCGCUUUUUGUAUUAUUUCCAUUAUCUCCUCAACUUUCGUUGGUUUGCCCCUCUGAGGUCGUCUGCGUCUUACAGUUUGUUUCCGGUGGUAGUCUGUGUUUAAAAAAGGAAUUAGUUAGCGGUUAGCCUUCAAUCUGCAUUAUUUGCUCGUUCGCUUAACGCCUGUGGCCAAUUCCUAUUGGCUACUACUUCACUUGGGACCUGAGCUUUCGUUAUUCAGUUGACAGCGGUUUAUCCAGUUGUGUGGAUUUUCCUGACUACCGCUUUUGGAUAGUUUUUCGAAUUUGUGCGCUUACUUACCGUUUACAUUCUAAGCGCAUUAGAAGACUUUCAAUGUUAUUUCACUUUUCUCUCACCAUUAUUUUCUCGAUUUACUUUUGUGAGUCCGAAGGCCCCACCCGUGUAAACCCUAUCCACCAUUCCCGUUAGGCAGGCUCCUAAGAUUAUCUGUUGCUGGCCCGGGUAGAAACCAUACCCUCGCCAGCCAGUAAAUAAGUCAUGAAUGUCGGCGUUUGCUGCAAGUCCCUCCACACUAGGUCACGAACGAGUAGGAGGUCGACAGGGGGUAUAACGGAAAUAUUGUGGGUCGGACGGAGAGAUCUCGUUGUCACUAAAUCAGGGUGGGAAGGAUAUGUCUUGCAGUAAGAAAUUCGACCAGCGGACUGCCUGGCAGGUAAAGUGUCAACUAAUAUUAUCAAUAAGUAAAAGUAAAACAGACCGGGCGGCUGAAGACAGAGAUAUUUACCAGGCUACGAGAACAGCAAGGGAAAACACACCAACAAAGCUUUAGGAUAUAAGUGCGUAGGCCACAUAACAAUAUCAGACGACUUGUUGCAAAGAAGGCAGGCAUUAUUCUCAGCAUCACGAAUUACCUAUCGUCCGUAAUGAUUAUCUGUACGUACCUUGAACACUUUUUCUACCACAUACGGCUUUAGCUUAAAGUAACGUAUGUCAAGUGACUCUAAAAGGCCCCCUUUCCCCUAGCUCCAACUUCAUCACUCGCGGUUUCAGCAUGUCCAUUGUAUACGUUUCUUCAGCCCCGUCUCAGCAGUGACAUCAUCAUUGACGUCCUCCUUCGCGGUUGGCAAUCCUGUCAUCUCGGGCAAUCUGGUCGUCAUCACUAGCCUUCCGUGUGCUCCAGUGGAACCAGUUUUUCAGGUCGUCCUCCCACCGCCCUCCAUUACUGUCUCAUCUAUUCUCCCACCUUCAACGGCGGUUGUGUCUCACCAACCUGCCAAGAAAGUUGCUACCACGCCUUACCUAUCUCGGCCUCCUUUCCCGAACCACCCGUCGUUCACAGUAGUCCCUUCAAGGUCCGCCUUUGCCUUGAAUGAAAGUCCCUCUGGGUGUAGCUUAGUUCAGACCUCUACCAACGUCUCUGUAGUAUGCCGAUCAACCCAAACUUCUGUUGCAACCCCUCCUUCGUUAACAAGUCCUCUUAAGUCAACAUCUCCCAAGCCACCUUCUAUCAUUCCACCCUUAGCUCGACCCUUUCUUCCACUAAUGCCAUCGCAGUCUCAGCUUGAUAUUACUUUGGCGUCAAAAGCCACCCCUGGGACCGCCUCUUUGCGUCCAAUUGCUCCCGCUCCCCCAUCAAAGCCUGUGGAGAAAUCUGGAUUCGGCGUUUCUUCUGUCCGAUCAUUUUCGAACAAACCGUCUACGCUCCUCCCACACACUACCACAAUGACUAUCAAUUCUGCCAAGUGUAUACGAUGGAAGAGGAGGAAGUCCCGACUCUCCCUCAGUGGUGAUAAUAAAGGUACUUUGGCAUCAGUGACAAUUCCAUCGCUUCCUACCUCUGAAACUCACCCUAGCAGAGUUCCUGGUAUUACUGCCGGCAUUGUUGGCGGUUUUCGACGAAUCAGCCCUCGGCCGCCCAACAUACCCCGACCACACAUUACCGGCACUCUAUGCACACUACCAAAUGUCAGACCAGCUGCGGCGAGGGCAUCGAGUAGGUCGAUUGCCCAGUCGCCGGACGUGGUCAAAUUCAUUCAAUCCUUUAAUCAGAGUUUAGAUCGAGUGCGCAGCACUCUCGCUGGGGCAGCUACAACAGCGAUCGAACCCACUUCUCGACGCAACGCCACUACAUCAUUAAUAGCAAGUACCCUAUCUACCUCUAAUUCGCGCCCUGUAGUCGCUAAAUUUUUGCGUCGUUGCGGCUGCAAAAAGAAUGGCGGCGGCUCUGACGACCUUCUGCUUAUGACUCGUUCACGGCGUUCUGGCCCCUCAAUGCAGCUCACCUGGGGCAGGGAAGCAGAUGAGGCCGAUGUGCUCUACGCACGCACCUUCCUCGACCGAUGCCGGGUCUAUCUUUCACCUGCCGAGCACAGUCUCUUGGUCACCUCCUUCUCCGACCUCUCUAAUUGCAUCACUGAUCAAUGUCGCGAACAGGCCUUUCAUUCGCCGCCGCCCCUUCUGAAGCACCUGAGCACAGUGUUGAACUGUCUUGCCGGCUGUCGCCCCCUGUGGGAGGACUUUGUCUGUCUUCUGACACCAGAACAAGCUCGUGCUCUGCGUCUCUUUCCUGUCUACGCGCAUACGUCGAGGGUGCGUUCGCUGCAGAUGGCCCUUAAUUGUCUCAUUCCCAGUGGAAAGCGCUUCUGGUGCCGUCUGCGCAAGCUGGCGAACUCACGUGAACCGGAAGAGAUGCGUGUGCCAGUCUUGACGGUUGCGAAGGACGAGUCAAUUCCCCAACAUCCUCACACGAUGACGUCUAACUGGAGAGCCUUUCGCCGUCGAACCCGUCGCCCGAAACCGAAGUCCAUUAAGGAGGUGUUGAAGAGUGCGUGGAGCUUGUUGGAGUCCUCCUUAAGGAGUCGGUACGUCUUCUUGGCCCAAGCGUCCGCCUGUCUGGAGCCUAAUCAUCGUCCCUACUCCAAUUUUCCACAGGUAAGUAUCUUGUCUCUGUUACGUUUUAACAACGCCUGGUUGCCAAGCAGGUCUCAUACAUAUGUCGUUCUAUCUUCUUACUUUAGUUCGCUGCAAAUGUGUGACCUGUAAUAUUUAAGACCGCAGGAGCUUGUCCGCUGCGGUAGUGGGACCAGCUUUCCCUUUCCGUCAUAAUCAUUAUCUUCAUCUGCAUCGUCGUAGUCGACCUUAAGACCCUGCGCCAUGUGCCUUCAUCCUAUCAACUCGACCCAAUCUUUUAUCCACAAGAUGUCAGAACCCGAAGAUCCGCCACAAGACCUUGAUUGAUCGGGUCGAAUUGGAUGAGAUGAGAGCCGUUUUUGCGUUUAAACAAGCAGUGCCGACUUCCAACACUGAACCAUAGAAAUUUUGCCCCAACCACUUCGGCUACUUUUGUGGCUUUGCUGCAGUAAUGCAAACUGCCUGAUUUGGGAGAAGGAUUGCAUGCCUCUGUUAAGAAAUACUUCUCAAUCAAUGGUGAUCAGCACCUUAUGGGUUUUAUUUUUCGACCGCACGCGUUUAGCAAAGAGGAAUGGCCCAACAGCUCCAUUUUCUUGCCGGUUUUUACAACAAUCAAGAUAUCAUGACGGGUUGAUUAAUCCAUUCAGAGACUAACAAAACACCUUCCAGCAAAAUUCAUUCAGACAAUGACAUUGUCCCUACUGUCCCCCUUUGGCAGUACCAUGGUCUUUACAUAUUCAAAUAUAGUAAUCUUUAUUUGAAAGCAAAUACGUUCUUUGGGAAAAAAAGAAAACUUUAUUGAGUAAAUUUUUGACGUCGGUUCCCCAUGUCGUCGUCAGACUCGAAUAAAUGUGCAAACCCUAAGGAUAGGGUUGGCUAUCUCAAUAAAAAGGAUGUCGUCUAUAAGAUCUCAUGAGAGGCCUGUGAUUCCGUAUAUUGUGGCCAAACGAGAAAAUUCGCCUCUACACGCAUUCACGAACAUCAACGGGCAGUUAAGAGGCGGGAUCACCUUCUCAAAUGGCCGUGCACACCCUUGAUACUGGGCACACCUUCGCGUGGGACAAAACUCGCAUCGUUGGAGUUUUUCCAUCUAAAAAAGACAGAGAUUUUCUUGAAGCCAUUCACUCUGAUGAGUACUGCAUCAAUAGGCACAUAGCGUUAGCUGUCACAUACAAAAAUCUCAGGGAAAAGUAGAAGAGACGAAAGCCAAUCGAUACAGACUGACGCAUACGGCGUCCGCCUACUGGCUGAAAUCCAAAUGAAUAUUGAUUUCCCAGCACGUUUGAAAUUUUAAUUGUUUUUUUUUCACAUUUACUCGAGCCCGGCGAAGACACGAGGAACUGACGUCGAAAAUUUUAUACUUUUCCCAAAGAACGUAUAUGCUCUCAAAUUAUAUUUCUUGGGGUGCCUUCGUUCCAAUUCAGUAAUGCUUAUGUAUAAACACCCGAGUUUAUGACCCCACUCAUAUGCGAUGACAUGUCCUGUAGCUUGAUAUCAAUAGGGCGAUAUCAUUAGCAUAGUUAAGGUUCAUGAGCCGACGUCCGGCUGUAGGUUGGUUACCGAACCGCAUUGUGAUUCACCACAUAGAAAGGAAGGUAGGGCGGUUUCUUGUCUAAGAUCCGGUGAAAUAUCGGCUGUGGGGAAUUUUUGGGUAAGAACGUGGGCAACAAAUGGAUCUCAAGUGGCCUGCAGUCACAACAAUAGCGUUGUUUGGCAGCCAGUCUAACUCCAUUAUUGGUCACAGAAACUCUGUGUGAACAGAGCAGAACUCCGCAGUAAAGUCGGCAAAACAGAGGGCCAUCGGCUGCUUGUAGCCGUAGACGUAUCGAAAGGCGCGUCGAACCAUGGGUUUUCGGAGAGUGCACUCACAGUUAGUGUGGUAACCAUUUUGGCUGGGCUUUAUUCUUGCAACUAUUUCUUACCUCUUACUGCUGCACAGAUUGUUUUAUGUAAUGGAGGAGGGGAGCAAGAUUCAGUCACCGCCUAAAGUGGAAGGACAAAGCAACUGCACACGGCACAACAGGUCAAGCCGACUGCGAACUGCUCACGUGCAAGCAGAUACUCAAUCAACAUGUACGCUGCAUCACUAAGCAAGCAUGAUGCCUUCCCUCAUGCAUACGGCACACUCGAUGGUCGACCGAACCUCCGGGAUUUUUCGACUUGGGGUAUCGCGCACGAAACGGCUAAUUAACGAUCACCAUGCCAAAGUUUAAGGGGCUUUGGAAUCGUUAAAAAUUGACUAAACCAGGCGAGUUUCGGUGCGUUUUACACCUUGUUACUGAAGUUUGGGCGAUAACGAGGUUGUCCCGGCGACUCACCUUCCCCUCUCUCAUCCACCCAUUAGGGCAUAACACCCUCUUUCCGAAUAACUAACCGCACUGAUCCUUUUAAAUGGCUAACAGCCCCUUCCAGCAACCAAAGAAUAGAAUCACGUUAGCAAGGGGAAGGCUUGGGUACGGUCAGCGCUCUAUCCACUUGAGAUAUGGGGCCUCACCGGGAGCCGUGAGUUUAAUCUUAUCUGAGAUUAUGUAACCCGAGAUUCUGCCGACUGCUGCAGCUGUAAUAGCACGAUAAAGAGCUAGAAAGGCAAUCUUUCGUCAGAACACCGUCUACUCAUCAAAUGGCUAUCCUUGUAAAUCUGAAAAAUCUUUCCAAGAGCAGAACCGGAAAACGACUUGACCCAGCUUCGAAGGCAAUCCUUAGUCGGUGGACGUCCACUGCGACUCACGUUAAUUGAUUCAGCCGCCGAAUCGGCUCACAUUGUGCCAAUUUCAUGCGUCAACCUCCGCAAACCAUUAUGCAUACCAAGCCAAGUUGUGACACUUAUUUUCUGUGCCUGCAUAAUAACAGCGCUUUCUCGACUGUCACCUUGGUAUGUCCUCCUGUUCGCUGGACGCUGCUCAAGUUUGUUUUGUCCUAAUGCAAUAAGUGAUCUUUGUUCCCCUUUAUUUCCCACUAUCAUCUUGGUGCUUUCAGGCCUUUGAAGUAGUUGACUCACUGGCACGGAGACCAGACCCUUCCGCCACUCCGGUCUUUAAUUCAUCAGUAGCGCUGUCAUCGACCCUUCCGCGUCUGGUGGACGAGAUGCUGCCUAGUAUAACCACUUCUGCAGAGUCCAACCUGUCAUCAGAAACCUUUCGUUGGGAGAUCUCCACCGAGUUGGCUUCCUGUACUGCCGCUGGCCCUGCCUCUGCCCUUCUCCAGCAGCCGGGACUGUCCGUAGGGGGUGCUUAUCGUCUCUCCAAGACCACCACGGCUCGUCAGUGCCCCUGUCCCUGUCACGAUCACCAGCCAGCCCAGAAACUUCUCCCCGUAACUGCUGCUGUUGCGACUUCACACACACUGUCCACUUCCAAUCCCAGCGGAAAGCCGGCAAAGGUGGAUAGCCUGGGUCUGCGACACUGUAUCAAGUGCAGCUUGAGAGUAAGUGAAUUGAACUCUCCUCUCCCUUCUCUUGGAACUUUAGGAGGCCCCAGAGCCUCUUUCUUCCUCCCACUUGUAGUACUUUGACUGCCAUUCCACCAACUGACCGCACAGGUUCAAAGAAACUACAGCAUACGUUAGCAAUAGAUAAUUUCUUUAGCCGGAAAGAGUUCGUUGUGACGUGGGCUCAAGUGACUUUUCUGCUGUGAUUACAAGGCAAACCUCACAUACGCAUGCCAUUGAUAAAUGCAACAUUUAAUAAACACAUUCCGCGAUGCCAAAGCUUGGGAGAUCUCAUCAAACCGACCAUGGGAAGUAGGGAGCUCAUGCCGAUAGAAGAUUUUGCUCUGGGACGGAAUUGGACUUCGAGUCCCUAAAUUCAAUUCAGGCUCUCUAUUUCGAAACUACCACGACUACACUUGCGAGCUGUGCAAAUGGCCCCACUUUCUGACUUGCAAGACGGGCCUAUCUUUAACUUGGUUGACACUGCGCUUCAUUCCUUUUUAUGCAUGCAUUUUGGGAUCUGAAGUCUGUCUUAUCUCCGUUGCGCAUAUCACAUUUGCCGACUUAAAUUUGAAAUUGAACACUGGACUGCAGGUGGACACAUCGGGGACUAGGCACUUCAUGAGCCGACCCUCUGAUCCUUGCGUCACAGACGCGGAGGAUCGAUGAACUAUAUGCUUCGUCUAGCCCUUGUAAGGGUUCCAUUUAAAGGACCUCCACCCAACGCGCUGAUGGACGGCAACCGAAGACUGGUGAAACCUCAGCAGAAGUCAAGAAGUGCUACCCACAAGGGACAAGGGAAAAUGCAUUAGCCAUUUCGCUCCUAUUCACCGUCAUUAGGCAGCCACAUUCUGACUGUGGACCAAAAAGACCUGAGAUUGCAACCUGGGUCCGGUUCGUUCUGGAGCAAAUACCACUGCCGUAUGACUUCAUUGUUUCCAACCGCAACGAACAUGGCUUAAUAGUAGAGCGUUUUACGUGUUGGCCUAAUGAACAAAGAGUCCUGUUCUGAUUCUCAGGUCCUGUCGGUCCGAACAAGCUGGAAAUCGCCAUUCCAGUCUCCCUUGUUUCUGGUAACCUUUCCCAAUUAAGGAUUUUUAUUUGCCAUGCCACUGGCUGUCAUGAUUAUUGGCCAGAAAUCCAAGGCCAGAAAUAAUCGCCCAAAGUUCAUCCUACAAACAGGAUGCGCUGGUGAACGCCAUUCUACUAGUUUUUUGGAAAUUAAGCCGUCUUGAAACUUAGCAUUCAAAAGUAUCGAAUAUUUUUCUGUCAAGCAGGUUAUAAUACACAUUCUGCCUCGUGGGGUUUCUAACCUUUCCUGUCUGUAUCCUCUGUUAAAAAAUUCUGCCUUUGUAUGUUUCAAUAGAGCUGCACUCUGGCACUUGAAAUACACCAUGAUGGAAUAGGUACGAGACCUCGUGGAUGCUGAUUAGGAUCUACCACAAUCUCACAUUCCAUUUCAGCUGGCCGCCUUUUAGUCGGUACCCUUUUCAACACCCGGUCAAGAUAAUAUUCGGGCCAUACCACCACCUAAAAUGUUUUUUGUCAUUGACUCUCAUGCUUUUGCAAGCUGGACCAUAUUCCCAAGGGUGGGUCCCUACAUUAAAAUGUGUCCGAACUAGUUUAAAGACACCUGAGGAAGCACCAAAUACAUGUGGCGCACAAGCCGACGACUACACUUCGUAACCAGCUUGUACACCCUAAGGAUAGUGUUGACUAUUUAGAUAAGAAGGAAGUCGUCUAUAAGAUACCAUGCAACGCCUGUAAUGCGGUUUAUUGUGGUCAAACUGGGAAAUCGGCCUCUACACGAAUACACGAACAUCAGUUGGCCGUAAAAAGGUGAGACUACCUGUCCCAAGUUGCCAUGCAUACGUUGGAAACGACACAAAUUCGCCUGGGACAGGACUCGCAUUGUAGGUUUCUGUUCAUCCAAGAAGGGCCGUAAAUUUUUAGAGGUCAUGCAUUCUGAUAACGCAUGCAUCAAUCGACACGUAGAAUUGGAUACGGUGUACAGCAGCCUCAAUGAAAAGUGGAAAAGGCAUUAGCCAAUCAGAACAAUACACCAGCAGGAGUGACAAGGCAAAAUCGAUUUUUUCGACAUGUUUAAAUGUUGACUGUUUUGCACACUUAAUUCACGUCUGAAGACGACUUGGGGAACCAAGAUCGAAAAUUUACAAUAAAACUUGUUUAUCUUUCCCAAAGAGCUUAUUUCUUUCGAAUGUAUUCUAUAUAAAAUUUAGCCCGAUAGGGUUCUAUUUUAGCAAAACAGCUCUUCUGUCGUAAAAAUCCUUAUUAGCUUUUAUCAUCAAUUUCGUUAACAGCACGCAAAAAUGUGCACCUAUAUCGCUUUAUUUUAUAGGCGUCAGCUGGGGCCUUCACAGAGACAGGAUAACAAGUAUGGUCUACAUACAGCCAAUGAACGCACACCAACCCAUCCGCCUCACCGAUCCUCUCUCAUCCUAGUUAAUAAACUGGCCAUUUUCGAUAUGACCGAAUUGUGGGGCGGCAUAGGGGUCCCAUGUCGUGAUGAUAAAGAUCUUGUCCUGUUCAACAUUGCCUGUUUUCGACACCCGAUUUGUUGAUAUUUCUCUUAAGGUGCCUAAUAGCUGGUGCAUUCCGUUUUGCCUGUCGACUGGUAUACGUCCUCGCAGUUGGUCGCAUGCCGAUGCGCAGUCAGAGACCUACUUUUCUUUUUUCGUUCGAGGUACGGCUUUCGGUAUUACGGUCUGCAUUUCGUUCUUUUUAGCGCGAUCCCUGUGUUAUUUUUUUCGGACUUCACUGAGACAAAUUUUUAACCAGUCUUUUAUUGGACCGCUGCAUCAGCAAUCCGCAACUUCGUCGACGUCGACUUUCAUUACCGAUUUGACUUCUAUGAUUUUUAGGUCAUUACUCCACGUCCGCAGUUUUCUAGUCUCGAUUACACGAGCCUGUAAUCCUUGCUUGGUAUUCUCCUGUUUUGUUUAGGUGCAUCAGGGGGUUGUCUUCGUGGACGAAUGCAACUUUCAUUUAAAUCACGUGCAAAUAACCUGGCCAUCAGAUUUCGCUUUCCAGCAGCCAGUAAGAUCGCGUCAUCGAUUCGUUCAAUCAAACCAUGCAACAGGAAGCGCCGUCUCAACGCGGGUGGCUCUGGAAAGCUUGGCUGCUUACUGUCUCGAUCCGCUAUCCGCCCCUUCUCUUCCAGACAUGGCGCGCCGGCAGGUCGCCGUCCAGUUUGGGACGACUGUUGCUGGUGCAGCAGGAACGAAAGGCGGAAAAACCUCUGUUUGGCACACCGACGAAAACGAGGAGGAGGAACUAGACGCCGAGUCAGCAGCCUCCUCGCCAGUCGCCUCUCCCUCCACCACUUCCGGCUCCUCUGUUUCGUCAGCCGCGCUUCCACUCGCCUCCCGUCCUGUCCCGUCUCCGCCCUCCGCCACUUGGUCCUCCGAAGUGGACGAUGAAGCUGCGUGUUUCAACACUGAGGCAUUUUCACGGAAUUCUGGGACGAGGCCCAUUGGCUAUACCUCUGAGCUAACAGUGGCAACUACUGGGGCUCCCUGGUCGCUGGCAGAGGACCGUCGUUUGCUAGAAUACUGUCGCGGUGCCGGCAGCUAUUCUAGGGUGAAUCUGGUUUUACUGGCCUCCGUUUGGCCAGAGCGAACCUUGCCUGAGAUUGUGAACCGGUUCAAAUACCUAAUGCGAAUCGCGCUGGGCGAAGAGGACCAGCAGACGCAUAUGUUUGAUUCCGCGACAGAGAGUUCACAGAGUUCGCCUACAACCGCACUCGACAGAACUUUAUGUCUGUAA